AUGAACCUUCGCGGCAUUAGGCGAGGUCGAGUUCGCGAACAGGAGUUCGUGUGCAGUUACCGCGAACAGGAGCGUUUGCAAACAAAGGAGUUUGAUGCUGUUCGACCAGCGGAGUUCACAGGUUUGUCGCAGAAGUUGCGGCAUGUGCAGUUGCAGAGGAGUUGGCAGAAAAAUUAUAAUCUUUCAUCAAAAGAUCCUGAUCCUGAAGAAGGGAUACUUGGAGUCGCUGCGAAGGAGGUGGAAGAUGAAAGCGAGGCCUCAGACAUCCAAGACAAUCAUUCUGAUUCCAAUGUAUCGUCUGACGGGGUCCCAUUCACCGACGACUUCCUCCGAGAUAGCGAUAAAGAGGAGCCAGAUGAGUCAGGGUUGGAAUCAGAUGAGUCGGAUCUGGAAGAGGAGUCCAGAGCGAUAGAUGAGGCAAAGGCAAGAGCUUUGGUGGAAGCAGAGGAGGAGUUGAAGCUAAAUAUAAAGGAGGAGUACGACGAAUUUAGAUUGCCCACCAAAGAGGAGUUAGAAAAUGAGGUCAGGCAACCGCCAAAUCUUUCUGGUUUACAAAGAAGGAUUAAAGAGAUUGUACGUGUGCUGUCGAAUUUCAAGACUCUCAGGCAGAAGAAUGUUUCUAGGAAAGACUACCUCGAACAACUUAAGGGUGAUUUUAUUUCUUAUUAUGGGUACAAUGAAUUUCUCAUCAACAGUCUCAUGGAGAUGUUCCCUGUUGUUGAACUUGUUGAGCUUUUGGAAGCUUUUGAAAAAAAUCGUCCUGAAACACUGCGUGCAAACACAUUAAAGACCCGUAGAAGGGAUCUCGUGGUUGUUCUUCUCAAUAGGGGAGUAAACCUUGAUACAAUAGGGAAGUAGUCUAAGGUUGGUUUAGUCGUGUAUGAUUCACAAGUGCCUAUUGGUGCAACACCUAAGAUUAUGGCUGGCCACUACAUGAGACAAGGUGCAAGUUCAUUUCUACCUGUUAUGGCCCUUGCUCCUCAAGAGAGGGAGCGAGUUGUUGACAUGGCUGCCGCACCAGGUGGAAAGACAACAUUCAUUGCUGCUCUCAUGAAGAAUAUUGGAAUGAUUUAUGCAAAUGAAUUCAAGGAAAAGCGGCUCAAGUCUUUAAGAGCUAAUAUCCAUCGCAUGGGUGUCACAAAUACUGUUGUAUGCAACUAUGAUGGAAAGGAGCUGCCCAAAAUCUUGGGAUUCAAAUCUGUUGAUAGGGUAUUGUUGGAUGCUCCAUGCAGUGGUACUGGGAUCAUAUGGAAUGAACAAUCUGUCAAAACCUCCAAAUCCAUUGAAGAUGUUCGAAAAUGUGCUUUUCUGCAGAAGCAACUGAUUCUAGCUGCAAUUGAUUUGGUUGAUGCUAAUUCAAAAUCUGGAGGAUAUAUAGUAUACUCAACCUGCUCCAUGAUGGUUGACGAGAAUGAGGCUGUGAUAGACUAUGCUCUUAAGAGGAGAGAUGUGCAGGUUGUACCCUGUGGUUUAGAUUUUGGUCGCCCUGGCUUCAUACGUUUCCGAGAGCAUCGUUUUCACGUUUCUUUGGACAAGACGAGAAGGUUCUACCCCCAUGUGAACAACAUGGAUGGAUUCUUUGUUGCUAAGUUGAAGAAGAAAAGCAAUUCCAAACCAGCGAAGGGUGAACCGUCCACAGCUUCUGUGGACAUAAGCGAAGGAAUUGUGGAGGACAACGAAAAUGAAAAGACCAUAACAGUCUCAAACGCGGCGACAAAGCAGGAUGAAGCUUCUAAAAUCGGCACCCAAAAAGAUGGGAAAGUAACUUUCCAAAAGAACAUUAUCAAUGUUAAAAAUGACAAAUUUAGAUCUCGUAAGAAGAGUAUUUGGAAGCAAAAAUCUCAACAUAUAGGCGGCGAUCAAAAUAUCGGAAAAGACUUACACUGCCCGAGCAUGGCCAAUGCAAGAAAGAAGCGCAAAUUUCCAUCAAGAGAAGAAAUUUCACGAGCUAGGGAGAAGAGGAAAGCCCUGAAGAAGCAGAAGAUUUAAACUGCAAUAGAAUGAAGAUCAAGUCUGAAGGCUUAAAUUGAUUUUUCAACUAGAAUUAAUUAAUUGUUUUUAUUAUUUUGUUAGAAGCAAAGUUUUGAAU